UUUUGCCGACUUGGAUAUGCCUCUUAAAGGCGCUUUAGGCGACACAAAAGCGGUUUCUGUUUACCAUAGCGAAUCUAGCGAUUAUUACUUUCCGAGCAGGUCAACCGCCAAGGCUUCGAAGCCGGUUACAAAUACCAAGCUUGCUUCGUGCCACUGUACCUCACGACUUGCUACGACACCGGGUCACAUCUCAGGAGGGUAUUUGUUGUAGAAAUGUAUGUACAGCGGUGUCAAGCAUCUGCCUUCUCGCGCAAGUCUGUUGGCUGCGUGCAGCAUCGUCGCAUUCUCCGGACCCGAACCAUGGCGACUAACAUUCAACGCUUCGACACGGGUCCGCGCCUGAGCGAAAUGGUGAUCCACAACGGAACCGUUUACCUAGCAGGCCAGGUACCCGAGGACACGAGCGUCGAUGCCAAGCAGCAGACCGCCUCCGUCCUCAAGCAAAUCGACGACCUGCUUGCACGUGCCGGCACCGACAAAACCAAAAUCUUGUCCACCCAGGUGUUCCUGCGCGACCUAGCGGACUUCCCGCUCAUGAACGAGGCGUGGGACGCCUGGGUGGCCCCCGGACAUGCGCCCACACGGGCCACUGUGGAGGCUAAGCUGGCUGACCCCGGCUGGAAGGUGGAGAUCGUGGUCGUCGCAGCGCUGUGAGUUAGGAGCAAAGAGUGCGGUGUGGUCGCAUCAUUUAUUGUUGAAGCCUUAUAAAAUGGUGUACCGUUUUUAGGGGUAGAGGGGCCCGGCUAGGAUGGAUGGUCACGGGUUGCUGGGCGCACGUACUAGCUAGCUAGCUAGAAGACUGGGGGGUGGGGUGAGACGGCGGAAGUUUGGGGACCCCGUCUGGCGGUGGCGACGAGGUUAGCAGUGUGGCGAUGUGGUUCGCUAAUGAUGGCUGGGAAGGUUGGGAGAAAGGGGUUUGCAAGAAUCAUUAAACGUGGUGAGCAGCAGGUAGAGAUACCGCAUACCGUGGAAGGCCUUGGGCAGCGCUAGUGCUUUCCGUGUAAACGCCAUUCAGUUGGUAGUUACACAAGCAGUUACGAGUGCGACUGUGUGACCUGCGUACCUCGUCACGCUGAAAUGCGAACUCGUCAUCAUGCACUGUAGUGACGCAUGCAUUCGACAUGCAUGCAUACAGUUACGGCAUACGGCUGCAACUUGUCGUAUCACUGGCGUACAUGGAAGGUACCUGAGAGGUUUGCCAUCGGAGAGCCACCGUAACAGGCGCGCGUCUCUGCGCAGAGGAUAUCAAUCCUGUAAGGGGAAAAUCACUGUC